AUGCAUCGUUAUGAUGAGAUCUAUACAAACUGCCAAACUGUUUGCAGGGAUCUUGCAAGAAUAUUUCUACACUGGAGCCUCUGCAAUAACUGCACCUUAUAUACUUCCAAGUCAGCUCAGGUAUCGACACAAGAAAUUUCUGAGAGGUCUGCUGCCCUUCGGGAACAGAAUUACCCAUGUCUUGAUUGCGCCGAAUUGCCUGGUAGCUGUGCUAUUCCCCAGCCGCAGCAGGAUUCAGAAACAAGACAUUGUACGUACCGGAUUUUUCCUGGAUCCAUCUCUGACCGAGUGAGGAUCAACUGUACUCUAUGUGGAAGAGAGACCAGAUGCUCACAGAAACAUGGAGUGUACACACAGCUAGAAAAUGAUAUUAAGCUGGCCCGAGCAAUCAUGUUCUCUUACUUGCCCUGUGUGCUUACAGCAAUAGCUGUUUCGCUAGUGACUUGCCAUGCACAGUGUAAAUGUCCAGGAAUUUCUGGACUGCUUGGAAGAGAUGGUCUGAAAGGACAGCCGCUUCUAUGGGGUCUACCUUAUUCUCCGGACACUGAACUUUACAAUAUGUUAGUAAAUUUGAAGUACCGACUUUCCAGACUUGAAGGCGUGCUUGCUUUGACUGGGAAAAUAAGAGAAGUCGGAGAGAAAAUACUUGCCAGCAACGGGAAGGAAGUUGAUUUUGCAUCUGCACUAGAAUCCUGUGAAAAGGCUGGAGGAACUCUUGCAGCCCCCAGAAAUGAGGAGGAGAAUAAAGCUAUUUUGGGUAUUGUGAAACAGUAUAACCGAUACGCUUACCUGGGCAUUAAAGGGGGUGAGACUUCAGGUCAAUUUAUGUAUAUAGAUGGCACUCCUCUGAAUUAUACCAAGUGGCACCCCUAUGAGCCUAAUGGCAAGGGGACAGAAAAAUGUGUAGAGAUGUACGCAGAUGGGAGCUGGAAUGACAAAAAAUGCAACCUGUAUCGCCUCACAAUCUGUGAAUUUUAA